AAAGUCUCGCACCCUAAGUGAAGUGUCAGUAGGCAGGCACAGAGAACAGCAGGUCUCGACGUCCCUGACAACCCCUAAACUCCCGUGCCAAUAACGAUUAUUUUGAUUCGGAAACGGAGCUGGAAGAGUAAAUGUAUUUGCAUUUUAAAGCUUGUUUUGUGAAUUUGGUUUAUCGUUUGAGCUAGAAUAUUGUCAAUUUGAAACACAGCAGAGAAACUCGAGAGUCGCUUUUGAGGUUUACAGUCCCAACCUACAAGAGACAGUCUUCCCUAUCCUUUAACAUGGCUUCGACAACCUGUACUAGAUUUACCGACGAGUAUAAUCUCUACGAAGAGCUGGGAAAGGGAGCUUUCUCCAUAGUGAAAAGAUGCAUGAGGAUCUCCAGCGGACAGGAGUAUGCUGCCAAAAUCAUCAACACAAAGAAGCUAUCUGCUCGGGAUCACCAGAAGCUGGAGCGAGAGGCCAGGAUUUGUCGCCUGCUCAAGCACCCCAAUAUCGUGAGGCUCCAUGACAGCAUAUCAGAGGAGGGAUUCCACUAUCUGGUCUUUGACUUGGUGACUGGUGGGGAGCUGUUUGAGGACAUCGUUGCCAGAGAGUACUACAGCGAAGCAGACGCCAGCCAAUGCAUACAGCAGAUUCUAGAAAGUGUAAAUCAUUGUCACCAAAGUGGUAUAGUUCACAGGGACAUGAAGCCUGAAAAUCUGCUCCUAGCCAGUAAGCUGAAGGGAGCAGCGGUAAAGUUGGCAGACUUUGGUCUGGCCAUCGAGGUGCAGGGAGACCAGCAGGCAUGGUUCGGUUUUGCGGGAACCCCUGGCUACCUGUCCCCAGAGGUCCUGAGGAAAGACCCCUAUGGGAAACCUGUGGAUAUGUGGGCCUGUGGUGUGAUUCUCUACAUUCUCCUGGUGGGCUACCCUCCCUUCUGGGACGAGGACCAGCACAGACUGUACCAGCAGAUCAAGGCCGGGGCCUACGAUUUUCCGUCCCCUGAGUGGGACACAGUGACCCCCGAGGCCAAAGACCUGAUUAACAAGAUGUUGACCAUCAACCCUGUCAAGAGGGUCACCGCCACAGACGCACUCAAACACCCCUGGAUCUGUCAACGUUCCACUGUGGCGUCCAUGAUGCACAGACAGGAGACGGUGGAGUGCCUGAGGAAGUUCAACGCCAGGAGGAAGCUCAAGGGUGCUAUCCUCACCACCAUGCUGGCCACACGCAACUUCUCAGCAGCCAAGAGCCUGCUCAACAAGAAAGCUGACGGCGUCAAGAUCAACAACAAGACCAAUGUAGUCACCAGCCCCAAAGAGCCCCCCACUCUGGAGCCUCAAACCACUGUCAUCCACAACCCAACUGAUGGAAACAAAGUAGAGUCCAGUGAGAGUGCAAACACCACCAUGGAGGAUGAGGACGUGAAAGCUCGUAAGCAGGAGAUCAUCAAAGUGACUGAGCAGCUGAUUGAGGCCAUCAACAAUGGAGACUUUGAAGCCUACACGAAGAUCUGUGAUCCCGGGCUUACAUCCUUUGAGCCAGAGGCUUUGGGAAACCUAGUGGAGGGAACCGACUUCCACAGAUUCUACUUUGAGAACGCUCUGUCCAGGGGCAAGCAAGGGCCCGUCCACACCAUCCUGCUCAACCCCCACGUGCACCUGAUCGGCGACGAUGCGGCGUGCAUCGCUUACAUUCGCCUCACCCAGUACAUGGACGCCAGCGGCAUGCCACGCACCAUGCAGUCGGAGGAGACCCGCAUCUGGCACCGCCGUGACGCCAAGUGGCAGAACAUCCACUUCCACCGCUCCGGCUCACCCACUGUGCCGGCCAAAUAAGUUGACUAGAGUUGAGGACCCCCUAGUCUACAGCUGUCAGCUGACCUACGGAAUCCACCUACUAAGUGUGUGACAUCCUCGCCCAAUCCCAUCCCAACGCUACAACUCCGCCCUCUGAGUGUUGUUUACAUAUCGUCGCUGCUGGACUGAAGAUUCUUCUUGUAAAAUAUAAAAAGGAAACAACAAUCUUGAUGAUAUCAUUUUAUAGAGAAAAUGAUGGUGUUUUAGCGCAUUGUUCCAUUCUUCUCAGUCUUCUGUCUCAUCGCAGGACAUUUGACUGAAACAUAUAUAUUUUUUACAAUAAUUUCCUAAUUUUAAACAUGUUUUCAGUUUGAAUGCCAUAGGAAAAUCGAUACAGUACAUGCCAGAGUUGUUGACGAUAUGUGAAGUUUGCAAAUUUGUGGGUUUAUGAGAUAUAUCAGAGAGAUUUUCAAUCUUAAAUAAUAUACAGUAGUACAGUGUCGUCCAUAAUUAUUCGGACAGUGAAGCAUUUUUUUCUUCUUUUGGCUUCUUUUGAAAUCGUGGCUGAAGUUUAUAGUGCAGACUGACAGCUUUAAUUUGAAGUUAUUUUCAUCCAUAUUGGGUGAACCAUUUAGAAAUUACAGCACUUUUUGUACAUAGUAGUCCUCCCCAUUUUAGGGGACCAAAAGUAUUGAGGCGAAUUCACUUAAAUGUGUAUUAAAGUAGUAAAAAGUAUGUGGUCUCAUAUUCAUAGCACGCAAUGACUACAUCAAGUUUGUGACUCUACACAUUUGUUGGAUGCAUUUUCUGUUUGUUUUGGUUGUUUCAGAUUAUUUUGUGCCCAAUAGAAAUGAAUAGUAAAUAAUGUAUUGUGCCAUUUUGGAGGCACUUUUAUAUGGAUAAUCCUGAAUGAAUCGUGAGUGAGAAAGUUAGAUGCACAAAUAUCAUACCAACACAUGCUAACCUCUCACCAUUACAAUAACAGGGGAGGUUAGUAUUUUCGAGGGGGGGGUAUGAUAUUGUGUGUCUAAUGUCCUUACUCAUAAUUAUUAGCGAUUCAUACGGGAUUAUUCAUAAUCAUAGUAGUCUCCACAUGAAUGCAGAAGUGUUUAGAAACAUUCCAAAAUGACACAAUACAUUAUUUACCAUUUAAUUUCUGUUAAAAAUAAAAUAUAUAAAAUAAUCUGAAACGCAACCAAAACAAACAGCAAAUGCAUCCAACAAAUUUGUAGUGUUACAAGCUGGGACCAAAUACUUUUUACUACUUUAAUACACAUUAAGUGAAUUUGUCCCAAUACUUUUGCUCCCCUAAAAUGGGGGGGACUAUGUACAAAAAGUGCUGUAAUUUAUAAACGCUUUAGCCGAUAUGGAUGAAAAUACCCUCAAAUUAAAGAUGACAGUCUGCACUUGAAGGUCACUGUUCAAUUUCAAAUCCAAACGUUUGGAGUAUAGAGCCAAAAGAAGAAAAAAAUGCUUCACCGUCCCAGUAAUCACAGAGGGCACUCUAUAUGGCUUGGUUUUCCAAUAUUAUCAGGGUCGGGGAUAUGCGGUGAACUGACAAACUCAUGAGUGCAUUUAUAUAAUCUCAGUAUUGCACAUCGGUCCCAAUGACAAAAGUGAUAUCAGUUUAGCCUUAAAGGACAGAGACCAACAUAUCGCAGUUUGUCAACCCUCUUUUAAAUGUCAGUUUUUUUGUGCAGAAAUGGCUAUAAAAAUCUAUUAGAACAUAAGUGAACGACAAACAUGAGCUUGCUUUUUGUGGUGAUGUAUAGACUCGUGAUUGAGUGAAUUGCUACAGCUUCGCUUAAACUCUGGAGUAUUAAACUGUUUAAACAUUAGCUUAGUUUACAAUCUGUUGACAAUUCAAGUUUACUUGUUCUCAAUUGGCUCAAUAUUAAAUAUGAUUACUGGGAAUUUCAAAUGACAAUUUAUGUUAAGGGAAAAAUGGUACCUAUGUUUUGCUAUGCGUUUGGCUAUACACCAUUACGUGAGAACUGUGAAGUCUCAAUGAUGGAAUGUAAACUAUACUGUAGAUAUAAUAUCCACGUAUAUUACUCAAGGCCAUUGUAUGACAUGGAACACUGUUUAAGUCAAAUGAUAUUUUCAUAAUGAUGAUAAUAAUUAUGUGAAUUUUAUUGGUUAUUUUUUUCUCUUAAUUUUAUAUUGUUGAAUUGAUAGGUUGUCCCUUCUUGGAUUAUUGUUGAUCAUUUCUUCCAGUCCUCGCAUAUCGGUGGAACUAUUGACCCCCCCCCGGAAGAAAAUAAAGAGCCUUUUACUUUCCCCUUUUACCACUGAUGUGUCCCUGUCUGUUAAUUACUCUAUUUGACAAGUAGCAACACACAUUAAUGUUUUAUACUGAGAAGUGAGACUGUUCUCAAGUAUGGAAUCACAUUGUUCUGGUCAGUUUUUCCUAGUUGUUAGAGAUUUAUUAAAUGGGUGUGUUUAGGUUUGUUUGUUUUGCCAAUGGAUAUGUAAGGGAAUUACUUGUUAAUUAAGUUGAACUGCACUAUGGGACACUGUGUAUAUUGUUGCCAUGAGGGGAAAGGACUGAUGUUUAAGAAAUAAGUAAUAAAAUGUGAUUUUCUCCAAA